UACUUGAAAUUUUUGAAGGCAUUCGCGUGGAUGAAGAUCAUUCUAAAUCCUUUUUAAACAUGCCCGCCACUUUUAUAGAGUUUAUACAGGCUCACUGCUUGAGGUUUGAAGAAUAUCCCGUUGUAGACGUCGAAAUGUUUUUGGAGUAUGCAGAAGAUAAAGUUGAAAGACGAGAACUGCUAAAAGAAUACCGCGCUUUGAUUCAAGAGGAAAAUACUCGCUUUCGAUUGAUUUUUUGUAAGACUAAACUCUUAAAUGCAUGGCGGCAAUUAUUAGAAGUUUCAUUGGAUAUUAUAUUUGAAACGAGCAAAGAGCGUUUGUCGAACGUUAUUAUAUGCUUUCUUCCUCAAUUGUUGAGUAAAUUGAAUAACUCUCCCGGUAUAUUUUAUUUUAAUGAACUUUCAAGGGGCGUUCUUUGCUUGAUAUGGAAACUCAGACUGCUGAACUUAACUGAAUCGAAUUUGUCCAUUUAUAACGACUUUUCUCCUCGUGACUAUCAUAAAGUUUUUGACGGAUUGUUGAACUUAUUUCGUAAUUCUGCUCUCGACGCGCAUACAAAAUGCAACUUAUAUGCUUCCAUUCUUAAUUAUCUUCAACUUACGAGCAAUAAAGUUUCCAUAGACACCCCAACAAUGAAUGUCACUACAUUGUCGCUAUUGAAUAACGGUGACCCGUUACUGGAGAGUCUUGUUAGUGGCAAUCAAAAGUUAAUUGAGAGUUCUAUUGCCAGUUUAAUAGAACACUUGUUUCAAGAUUUGUUCUGCGAUUACGUUUUAUGCAGGAUUCUUGCUUUUUCUACAAUAACAGUAAUGCUUCUGCGUGACAGAAGACAGCUUUUUUGUCAGGCUCUUUGCAGCCAAUCAGGGCGUCCCUAUUUAAAGCAACUUUUAUUUGGUAUUGUAAAGGAAAGUAAAUUGAUUGUUGAAAGUUUUAUUAACGAACAAAAUAACGAGGAUGAAGUUCCGCAUGUGUUGUUAAUGGAAGCCAAGUUGGCUUUGCUUCUUUCCCUUUCUCGCCAUUCUAUUGGAGCGCGAACUUUACUUGAACUUGAUAUCGUUGAUAUAUUGAUGCAAAGCGAGCUUCUUAUUGGUCAACUCCAAGACGAUAGAGGCAUUCACGUUGACUCCGAAUUUACGUUUAAUAUUAUUGAACAGUCGCGAAGCCUUUCAUCUGCUUCCUUACGUUUGUUGAGUAGUAUAUUCACUACGCUUUCUGAUUCAGUGUCCUAUCAGCAAAUCAGUUUAUUUGUUUCUUAUUAUUUUCCAAUCGCUAUGGAGCUCACUAAAUCUCUGAAGUCGCUUUCGAGUAUAUCUAAACAAGACAUCGUCUAUAUAAAAGAAUUGUCGAUGUUGUUGAGUGUUUUAUCGAAGUUUUUCUGUAAUUCUACUGAUACUGAACUGUGCAUUAAUAGAAUUGGCAGCUUAUUAUUAUCUUUUCUAGAUCUGUUUUAUUCCCGAAGUGUGUGGAUUCCAAAACUUCAGAGUGUUAAUAUAAUUGCAUCAAGUGAUAGUUCUCACGAGCCUCAAUACGAAACGGACAAGACUAUUAUAGAAAUGGUGGACGAUAUCAUUAAUGCUGUUCUUCAUUACUGCCGCAACGCUUUUGGAGACGUGAACGGCGGGAGUCUACCACUCUUUCCUCCUCAAUAUGAGCUUUUCGAUGACGAGCAAAGCAGGCUUUCUUGCUUAGUGCAGUGCCUCAGAGAAACUAGUGAUCAACUCAACCAAUCUGAUUGGCUGGGCUGCGAAGAAAAAAUUUUGCUGCCGGAAAAGUGUCUUUUCAAACUUGAGAACCUUUUGUAUAUUAUUUGGGUUCAUUUAUAUUAUUAUAUCAAAAAAGCCGCGCUUGUGAGCGAAGCAGAGAAGGACUAUCAGUAUUGGCUUAUUACAAUUAACGAAAGAAAAAAGUUUGUUAAGGAAUCUCGUUGGCGCCUAAACGAGUUGUUGGGCUCGUUGCGUAAAAAUUUUAGCUCUUAUAUCUUGCUGGACGGUCUUGUUUGCGAUAUACUCUCUCUCAUUGGCUCUUGA